UGUUCAUGUGUACCAUAGCACAUCCAAGGUAUGAUUCGCGCCACAAUGCUUGGUUUGAUGGAAAAAUUGGGAUCUGGCCUUUCAUGCUUAAAGAACUGCUCGCAAAAAGAAACUCUGUCAACUGUCCAGCAGGAACCCUAGUCACAAAGCCACAGAAUGUAAACAGUGAGGUGUACAAGCAAAAGUUGCUCAAAGAAGUGCCUCCUGCAAUCUACAAAAAGUGGCCAUGAGGAGUAGACAGGAGUCCUCCUCCUGAGAUUUUCAUUCAGCAGGACAAUGCUAAGCCACACAAGCUAUCAAUCAGAGAAGAUGUUGCAAAAGCUGCAGAAAGUGCUGGGUAGAAUAUUUGUGUAAAGACAAAGCCACCAAACAGUCCAGACAUGAAUGUUCUUGAUCUUGGAUUCUUCAAUUCAAUUCACAGCUUGCAGUACAAGAAAAGAUCAAAGAGGAUUGAUCAUUCGAUUCAAAAUUUAAAGCAAGCUUUUGAUGGGUGAAAGCGUGAAACAUUGAAUAAUGUGUUUUUGUCUCUGCAAGCUUGUAUGCAAGCCUCACUUGGUGUUAGGGGUGAUAAUAACUACAAGCUUCACCAUCUUGGAAAAGAAAGCCUGAUACGUGUGGGUGUGCUCCCAGUUUGGUGGAUUAUUUGCAAGCCAGAUUGCAUUGCACCAGCAGGAAGGUGAGUUCUUGCUGCUGCUGCUGCUGCUGCUGAGGAAGAACAACAACAAGAAGCAUAAUAGUGAUAGUAACAAGAAGUAGUUAAAAUAAGAGUAAUAGUGACAAAGGAAGUUCCUGGUAAUGAAUGUACACAAUCCUACAUACGCCCAACUGCAAUGACACAUAUUCAGCACCAGUAAAACAGGGACACAACGACACAUAUAGUGGACCGGAGGAAGUACUAAGUUCUGAAAACCAAUCCAUUUCAGCAAAUAAUAUGGUACCAUUCCAAAUAUUUACCACUAACACUAACAUAGUACUUUACUUCACAGAUGACAUGGAAUUUUUUACACAUUCUUACUAGUAGUACUGUACAACCAAACAACCAUCUACUGCUAGCUAAACCACUUUGCUGUAAUCAAGCCCUGCUUGUAACAUUUACCAGUUUGGGUGCAAAAUAAAACUAUUGAUUUCUAACAGGUUAUGAGUACAUAAAAUGUGCUAGUUUUUAGCUAUCAUUGCUUGCUUGUUAAUUCUAGUAGCAAAAGCACCAAUCAGAAUUAGAGAAUCCAUCUGACUCUUUUGAUACAUGUGCAUAUUGUAUAUAUUUCUUGACGGAGAACCUUUUCCCGCUUGUUGAUUUCUCUGCACACCAAAAAAAUCUCAUUAACACAACCUCCAGCAUACUAGCAAGCUGUCACCUCUUUAGUUCUUCAUCAAUAUCCAACCAAUCACACUCACAAGAUAAGUGUUCUAAUCCUAACAUUAAGGGGAAGAGGAUCCGGAAGUCUUGGAUCAAUCGACCAAGUGGUUUAGAAGAAAAUAGCUAUAUUCAACAAGCAUCAAAAUCGACAAAAAAUUGCAACAAAAAGAAGCUGCAGUGUAACAGCAAAACAAGAAGCAUCAGCAAGUGUCCUCCAUAUCAGUGAGCCUCCGAUCAUCAAGUCUCUGCAUCAUAUUAGCAAGCGUCCUCCGUAUUAGUGAGCCUCCAUAUUGUAUCAGCGAGCUUCCUCCAUAUCAGCGACCCUCUGUAGUAUCAGCAAGCAUCCUCAUCUGUAUUCAGCAUUCUCCGUAUCAGUAGCUCCUCCAUAUCAGCAUCCUCCUCCGUAUCAGUGGGCCUUCUGAUAACAAUUUGCGCCAUACCGGGUUCCUUUUUGGUUCCAGGUGGAACUAAGUGACAGCUUUAGGUGCAGGGUGUAAAUUAAGAUUAUCAUUCCGGGUAGAGCUGUGUAGAUUUUGUACUGUUAAAAAGCUGUCACGUCUUAUUUCGUACCCAAACUGGUACUGUAUUGAUAUUAAAUAUUUGGCUAGUACAGUGCACUGGACUGUUGCACUAUCUUGAGUUCACAGUAGCCAGUAACCUUGAAGAAUUCUUACAGCCCUGGACUUACUGAGGAAACAAAGAAACUUUUUGAUUUAGUGUGGAUUUGUGUAAACCCUGGUAUACCAUUUUUUGCAAAUAAAUUAGUACCUUGACCAAAAAUAGAUUAUUCAUUUUUAACUUAAACAUCGUCAUUAUUGUGGCAAUGACAUAGUUUUUGCAUUGUGGUAAGUACUACUAUUUGCGUUCUCGAGGCAAUUCACUAUGACGGUUUGUUCGGAAUGAAUCCCGAACAGCUAGUGAAUAACUUCACUUUCUCGCUUUAUCCGAUAAAAAAAUAAUAAUAUCUUGAAGCAGCAGAUAGCUGUGAUCUAUAUAUCUAAAACUACGUACCACGAAUACCUAGUGUGCGUAUCGGAGGGUUCUAGUUGCCCUCUUGUCAACGAUUGACAUCCCACGAGCACAAUAAUUACGAGUUUCAGCUGCAGAAACUUCAUCCCAAACCCGGCCUAACACCGUACAACCCAAUCAAAUAAAUUACGCUAAGAACUGCCGAAAAAUGAUUCUUCGACCACAGCGACGAUUCGCGACGCACGGCACGCACAUCGCAGCGGUUUUGGCCAUGGCGAUUCUUUGUCUUUCACUUGCGUACACAACAACAGCCUUCGUUGGUCGGCCCGCUCUUUCAGCGGCAAGAAGCACGGUUCGAAUCCAGGCCGACGGGGGGAAAAGCGAUGAUGCGGUAGUCCCUUCGGCGGAGAGCGCCGCGGCCAUUACCGAUUUCAUGGCCAAGGCCCACGAGGAAAAGGUGGCCGCCAUGGCACGUGUCGAAGACAAGUACAAGGGGCAGAUCGCCGAAUUGCAACAAAAAAUCGCGGAGCUAGAGUCUGUGAACAAGCAGACGACGCCCACUUCCGGGAAUUCAUUCGCGUUCCCGGCUACGAACAAGGACCUGACCGAGAAGGUACAGGCAUACAGAGCAUUUAUCUCGGAUUAUAUCGUGAAGGCCCAGGAGGAGAAGGCGGAAGCGGUCAAGGCCGCAGAAAGCAAGCUAACUGCAAAAUACGAGGCGAUCAUCGAUGGGCUAAAGUCAGCCGCUUAAGAAAAUAGGUCUGAAUUAACUACAGUAACUUGA